AUGUCGCCGAAGGAGAGCGUGUGCUCCCGCUCCUAUUUCCUGGUUGUCAUGGUGUUUGUUCACGUUUACAUCGUCAAUGUGAUCGCGCUGCUGCUCUACGUUUACUACACCGGGGAGGGGGACACCGGCACCGCGGCGGGACCGGCCUCUGCCCCGCCUCACAGAGCGACCCCCGCCGCCGCCACCGCCACUACCACCACCGGCACUGCACCGGCACCGCCCUCACCCUCACUCCCCAAACACCACAACCUCUCCCCGCUUGGCCGCCUGCAGCGACUCGAGGGCAUCAAGGUUGGCCAUGUACAAAGGUUGGACCUAUUACCUAACAAGGUACAUUACAUGAAAACACUGAGCAUGAAGCCACUUCUGUUUGAGGUUCCCAGUUUCCUUUCGGAGGAGGAGUGCAAGCUGAUUAUCCACCUGGCAAAGCUGAAAGGUCUCCAGGAGAGCCAGAUUAUGCCCUCCGACCUCCAGCAUGAGGCAAUCGAUGAGAUGGAUAUCAGCAAGGAGGAGAUCUUCAAUCUGCUAGACUACAAUCAAGAUGGCCAGCUGCAGAUGAAAGAGGUUCUAACACUUUUGCGCUUUGGGGAUAGCACAUGGAUUACACCAGAGACCGUCCAGGAGAUCUACACAGGACUCAAAGCUGACCCAGAUGGAAAUGGUUUACUGAGUCUGGAAGAGUUUAAGCAACUUAACACCAACGCUUUCCAGACAUACCUGAGGCAGCACGGAGUUGAGAAAAGUGAGCUAGUACGUAACAGCAAGAAUGCAUGGCUGUACCAGGGAGAAGGAGCACAUCAGAUCCUGAGAACCCUUCGACACAGGGUGAUUAAGCUGACGAGGUUACCUCCAGAGAUUGUGGAACACAGUGAGCCACUGCAAGUGGUGAAGUAUGAACAAGGUGGACACUACCACGCCCACCAUGACAGUGGACCGAUCUACGCAGAGACCAGCUGCUUCCACACAAAACUGGUGUCGAAUGUAUCUUCUGCCUUGGAAACCUCAUGUCGGUAUGUGACGGUGCUAUUUUACCUGAACACUGUUUCUGGAGGAGGGGAGACUGCCUUUCCUGUAGCAGACAACCGGACGUACGAUGAACUGUUUUUAAUCCAGAAUGACACUGAUUUACGGGACACGCGUAAAAACUGUGACCGAGCUAACCUCCGGGUGAAGCCGGUGCAAGGCACGGCUCUCUUCUGGUACAACUACCUCUCUGACGGCGAAGGUUGGGUAGGAGAACAAGAUGAGUACUCGUUGCACGGCGGCUGCGUCGUCACCCAGGGAAACAAAUGGAUUGCGAACAACUGGAUCAAUAUUGACCCAGAUGUGCAACGUCAAGUCAAGUUCCAACAGGCGAUUUCCAAAUACACCAACGGAGAAGCUCCCGCCAAGUGGGCGAUUGAUAACAUUUAUCAGGAUCUGCAUGUCGAGCUGUGAUUCCUCCUCCUGACUGGAAUGAAUGCCUUUCAUGAAUCGAAUUUCCCAAUUUUUCCCCACUCUCCCCUUUUUAGACUAAAAACUUUGAAGGUAAAUUGCACUUAUAGAUUGUUUUUUUCACUUUGACUCGCUCCAGGUGAAGUCUUUUGCUUUCUCUCUCUUUCCCCCCCAGCUAUGGCUGUCAGCAGCACACGCUAUAUCCCAGGUUAGAAAAGCUGGACUGGAAGCGGCCUCUCACAAGGGUUGUGCCAGCGCUGAGCUGUGCUUUCUCUCUCUCUCCUCAUCUGGAAGUUCCUAGACUGUGCUCAACACUUCCCUUCAGCGCAGCCGGAGAUCACCAAUUGGGUUGUGGGGGGAAAUCAGUUCAUCAUAGACCAGGGAAUCAAACCUAAGGCUUUCAUAAACUGUAAGGCUUGCUACCAUAACACACUUGGCAAACCCACUGUGUAAGGUUGCUUGGACAGGUCUAUUUCCUUACACAGGAUAUCAUUCUCUUAAGCUUUCAGGACUUGUUUGCUCUGACAUCCACGAUUAGCAAUGCCAAUUGCUCUCAUUAUAUUACAAUGUGGUUAUUGACCAAGUGAAAAUAAUUUAUUUAACAGAUAGUAUUUUGAAAAGAUGUUUCUACCUGUGGCUCAAAAAGGCUUAGUUGCCACUGAUGUGCAGGUGUUUAAUUUUUUUACAUUUGUGUGAAAGUAUUUUUACACUGAUACAAAAGAAACAAAGUUUGUCAUUUUAUUUGGGGGGGGGGGAAAGGAAUGGGGAUAAAUCCCAAUUUUCCAAUUCUUUCCUCAUCCCCCAAAUCAGGAGCCGGUUGGCACCACAGGAUGGGGGAAGGGUUGAAGCCCCCAUCCCCUCCUUACCUGAUUGAGAAAUGAGAUUAAUUUUAAGUGAGGUCUGGACCUUUGCGUUCAAACCCAUCAGCAAUCGAUCGGGAAGCCAGUUCUCUUCUGUUGUGGCUCAUUCAGGCCCAUUCCCCUGUGUAAAACUCUUGUGUGUUUUAACACCCGACAAGAUAAAGAGUGUUUGUCUGGCAGCAAUAUUUUUAGGAGGUAUCAGAAGUGUGAAGUAUUAAAACAAAUUAAAAACAGGUAAAAUGGAUCAAGCUCCCAGAUCGCAAGCAAUAAGACUUGAAAUAUUUCCACAAAGCCCACUGCAGUGCGUAAUUAUUUUUAAAAUACGAGAUCUGAACACUUAAAAUCCUUGCUCUGACUUCACCACAGUGCUUGCAGUUAAAUCUCCUUAGAGGCUGCCUAACUUUGUCGGCAUCCUGGCUUCCUCAUCUCUGACUUGCAUGUACUCGGAGCUUACCACAGUUAAAAUGCUGUAAAUGUCAGGCCACACCUCUGUCCCUUCCCCUCAGUCCACUUUGCACUCUUUAUUACCUGAUACUGUAUUUGAGUGUGCAUUUUAUUCCAGUUAGUACCAGAAACUUUCUCUCGAAACAAGCUGAAGUAAGUGGAUUCUAAGCUCUACUGUGGGUACCUUUUGAUCAUCCCUACUGUUUAGCAUUUUUUAAAAAAAGUUUGUAUUUUAGUGCAUUUUAUUCUCUUGUUUGACUGACAGUUUGCCUGUCCAUCCCUUUCCAUGUCUGGUAAGCAUUUCCUCUUCAUCCAAGAAAUCCAGACAUAUUUGUUUUGCUGCUUUUAAGGAGGACAUGCUGUGAAUUUCCUUCUUCUGAGUUGGGACAUUACAGACUCCCAACUUUCUAACUGGUCUGUGCACCUCUAUUUCCACCCUACAUCACAUUUAAUAGGUUGGAAGUUAUAUCAACGAUGUAUGCAACUGAAUAAUGGGCCAGGCUUCUACGUUUUGAGCUUAAGAUGACAUUUGUAUCUGGAGAAUUGCAAUGAUUUACAAAUAUUGUUGGGUUAGUUAACUGUAAAAUGUCUACAUGUCACUUGUUGCUAUGUUUUGUGGUGGGUCAGACACCUGAUAAAGCUGAGUGGGAAGGGGCUGGUGAAUUUGGAUGGUCUGGCUGCAGGCGCUGCUUUGUGCUGGUGUGCAGGUGAAAACAGAUGAUGAACUCUGUUCUGGCCAUUUGUUCCCUGCGUUAUUCAAAAUCUUACAGCAGGUGAGGCAAUUCCUACAGAUUCAUUGCAUUAACUCAAGAAUUCCUUGCACAGAUAAAUCAUAAAGGACUAAGUGAAGGUAGAGGUGCAAUCACGUUGAAUUUGUUGUAGAAUGUGAGGGGGUAUUCUAAUGGAUUGCCCUCCAACUUGGCAUAUUUCCAUGUAAUGUGCUUUUGUCAAUUUUUUUUCUAAAAACUGUGCACCGUUUGCAAUUGUCAUUAUAGCACUAUUUCAGGGGUUUCAGUUGCAAAGAGCUACAUUCACUCAGUUUAUUGGUGUCUCUAUUCCCUUGGUUAUUCCAAGGAUGGACUUGACAUAUAUCUGUCACUUUAUUUUCUGAGUAUACCUGAAUCCUGAAUUUCAUCAUUUUCACAGUCUUAAAGCUGAUGUCUUAACAUUUAUGAUCAUGUACAAUUUUUUGUAAAAUUCUUCACCCCAAUUUGCAUUUAUAUGGCAUCCUUCAAGAGGGAAGCGUCUCAGAGCCCAUAUCAGUGGUGUAGUUUGACGCUUAGAUGGAAAGAGGGGGGAGGUGACUGAAUGCGCAGUUGAGAGGAAAGUCUUCA